AUGUUCAAGGUGUUGCUUUCGAUCCGGCGGGUGCACUUGAGACUUUACAUGGGCAUGAACAUCCGCCGGAAGCAAAUGGCGGUGACAAAGAUGCAGUGGUUCUUGGCAACCGGCAGCGGGGGGCCUAAGGCGAGGCCACGCAAGGUGAUCCGGGCGUUCAUGUACCAGGUCCGGCGCUGCCAGCGAGCCGCGAGGGAGUGGCUGGCGUGCCGCGCUGCCACUAUCGAAGCCGUCUGUCGGCUGUGGGACCGAAUAGAGUCAGAGAUCAGGAGAGGGCUUGGGGAUGAGCUGGACCGAGCGAAGCGUGUCUGGGUGAAGAACGCCCUACGCACGGGCGAGGACAGCCAUAUCCACGGACAGUGGCGCGAGCUUAAGGCGAGCGAAGACCAGGAGCCUGGUGGCACGAAUAGAUCGCCUAGAGGCGCAGAUGGAGCGCCAGCAGACGCGGGACAAGAAGGCCCGCGUGCAGGCCGCGAGGUCGAUGCUGAAGCGUCGGAGCGGGGUAACCCGGGGCCACAGGAAGGUCACGCAGGCUUGAUGGACUCCGCCGAGAAUCUACGGACUUCUACCGUGUCUUCGAGCAAGCGUCUCGCCAUGAUUCGCAGCAGCCUCAACGCUAAGUUCUCGCUGCACCAACAGGGGGGGAGGCGCGUGGAGCGGACGGGCAACAGGGUCAUCGGCGAGAUGGACGCGCGCAUGGUGAUCCGAGGGGAGUUUCCGGACGCGCCGCCCGGUGAUGGCAGCGAGGGAGCAGCGGCACGAACAUCAUCGGCGGCACUCACCGUCGUGCGGUCUACGAAGCGCUCGAGAGCCCUGAUAUACACCGGCGACCUCGGCAGAUCCUGGCAGCAGAUAGUGGAAGACACGGUGAUGCAGGACUUCCGACGCAACGCCUUCGCAAGGAAGGACUCUAUGCCGUAUCUCCAGUACAGUGUGGUGCUAUCCCUGGAUAUGAUGGCCGCUACCGGGAACACCGAUGGGCCGUCGGCAUCCGCUAUGGCAGCAGCAGCAACGGCGGCGGCGGCGGCAGUACCAACCGGCGACGCAACCACGGCGAACGGCAGCGGGCGGGAUGCCUUAAGGCGGGCUUCAAUUGGCAGCACGGCGUCGUCGGGCUUGGAGCAGCGGCGACGCCGAGGGCGGGAGGGCUCGGCGGGGGGGGGCGGGNAG